GCAGAGGGGGAUCGGAAAGGGUCUUUGACGUCAAACCUGGCCUAUAAAAGCCUAGGAAGGGAAGAGAAAGCAAAGCUGAAAGCUGAGCCAGGGCACCAGCCAAAAUGCCAACCCCAAACUCUUCCAGUGCUUCAGCCAAAGGCUUCCGGCGGGCGGUGUCUGAGAUGGACUCCAAGCAAGCAGAAGCUAUCAUGUCUCCACAGUUCAUUGGGAGACGACAGAGCCUCAUUGAAGAUGCCAGAAAGGAGAGAGAGGCUGCUGCUGCAGCUGCUGCAGCAUCCGCCUCUGAAACGGCUGAACCCACUGAAACAAUUGUCUUUGAAGAAAAGGAUGGGAUGGCCAUGUUAAACCUGCUAUUCACACUCAAAGGAGCAAAGACUUCCCUGCCAUCUCGAGCACUUAAAGUGUUUGAGACUUUUGAGGCCAAAAUACAUCACUUAGAAACAAGACCCAGCAAGAAACUGCGAGAGGGGACCAUUGAUCUGGAAUACUUUGUGCGAUGUGAACUCCAUAGCUCAGACCUGGGCACCCUCAUCAGCUCUCUGAAACGGGUCUCUGAAGAUGUAAGGAGUACAAAAGAAGACAAGAUUCAUUGGUUUCCAAGAAAAAUCUCUGAGCUAGAUAGAUGUCACCAUUUGGUCACCAAGUUUGAUCCUGAUUUGGAUCUGGAUCAUCCAGGAUUCUCUGACCAAGUGUAUCGACAACGAAGGAAAAUGAUAGCAGAAAUUGCCUUCCAUUAUAAGCAUGGUGACCCAAUUCCUCGAGUGGAGUACACAGCAGAGGAGAUCACAACCUGGAGGGAGGUGUACAGUACACUGAAAAGUCUAUAUCCCAGCCACGCCUGCAAAGAACACCUGGAUGCUUUCCACCUGCUGGAGAGAUACUGUGGUUACAGUGAAAACAAUAUCCCUCAGCUGGAGGAUGUCUCUCGUUUCUUAAAAGAGAGAACUGGGUUUCAGCUCCGACCUGUAGCUGGUCUUCUUUCUGCUCGUGAUUUUCUAGCCAGCUUGGCCUUCAGGGUGUUUCAGUGCACACAAUACAUUCGCCAUGCCUCUUCUCCCAUGCACUCUCCAGAACCGGACUGCUGCCAUGAACUCCUGGGACAUGUACCAAUCUUGGCUGACCGGACUUUUGCACAGUUCUCUCAGGACAUUGGACUUGCAUCUUUGGGAGCAACUGAUGAGGAAAUUGAAAAACUUUCAACACUUUAUUGGUUCACAGUGGAGUUUGGCCUCUGCAAACAAAAUGGAAUGAUCAAAGCCUAUGGAGCUGGGCUCCUCUCUUCCUAUGGAGAGCUGAUACACUCCUUGUCAGAUGAGCCAGAGUUAAGAGACUUUGAUCCUGAAUCUACUGCUGUGCAGCCCUACCAAGACCAAACCUAUCAGCCAGUUUAUUUUGUAUCAGAGAGCUUCAGUGAUGCCAAAGCAAAACUCAGAGCCUAUGCAGCACACAUCAAGCGUCCCUUUUCCGUGAAGUAUGAUCCUUACACAUACAGCAUUGAGCUCCUAGACAGCCCCCAGAAGAUCCAUCACUCACUGGAGAAUUUGCGUGAUGAGCUUCACUCAUUAAUCGAUGCCCUUAACAUUAUCAGCUAACACCUACAUCUAGAAGACCUUUUCCUCAUACAAUAUUCCUCUCCCCUCCUUCUCCUUUAUGCUAAUGUCUAGCACUGCUGUCGCAAAAACGGCCUACUUCUGUGGCUUCUUAUCACGGCAUCAUUGGGACUAACAACAUCCCUGUGGUUUUUGUAAGUUUGUGUUGCUUGCUAGCCAUACACCCACAGCGGAGAGGGGGAGGCAUGUUUAGUGACAGAUUAGAUGUGGUAGAAAAGGACAAGAGGCUGGUAAGCUUACUUUAGAGACCCAUGUAUGUCUUUUCUACUGUCUUGAAAGGGUAUGGGCCAUGCUUUCACAAUGGAAAGGUGCUCUCUUUCUUUGGAUUUCCCAGUUAAAGGAGGGGCAAUGGAUGAGUUUAGGAGGCCAGUCUUGUGCUUCUAGAACUGUCUGGAGCUCACAUGUUCUGCCAAAUAACCAUGAUCAUUUUAAAUAUUAAAGAAACUGUCCUCUGCAAGCUAUUAAAAAUGAAUUACUUUUCUGGAGUCCUCUAAAGAGGCAGCUCACCUUUUUUUUUUCUGGCCCAGAGAGUUUGAAUUAAAUGCUGCAAAAAAGCUUUGGAGGGACCAGAAUCCAAAAAUGCCUACUCUGCUGCCUUGUCAUUGCACAGAAGUAACGCUGGACUCUCAAAGAGUAUAGUGGUGUAGCACAAACUCUGAUAAGUUUGGCCAAGUUGGUGAACUUGUAAGAUGUGUUGGGUUGUUCUGCAUUUAUUCUUUGAGCACUUCCCCAGCUAGAUACAAAUUUCUAGCAGAAAUUGUAUUUUCUAUAUAAACAAUGCUGUUUUCUGAAUAGAAUUUUUUUUCGCUCAAGAAAGAGCAGUUUUUUUCUGCUAAAAAGACCUCCCAUAUAUAUUUUUGUGUAGAAUAAGGUGGUCUCCUGUCUUAAAUUCUCCUUGUUGAGAUCUUCUGAUAUUCCAGAACACCACCUAAUUUUACCAUCUCUGUGCACCAGCUAGUGAAGUAGAAAAAUUCAAUAAGACUUGUUGUAUGCCUUCAAAUCAUUUCUGACUUAUGGUGAUCCUAAGCUGAGCCUAUUAUGGGGUUUUCUUGGCAGAAUUUAUUCAGAGGAGGCUUUCCUUGCUUUCCUUUGAGACUGAGAGAGUGUGAAUUGCUCAAAGUCAUUUAGUGGAUUUCAAUGGCCAUGUGGGGAUUUGAAUCCUAGCCUCCUGGUGUCCUAGUCCAAUAGUCAAACUACUAUACCAUAUGGGUUUUUUAGUACGACUUUCUCCCUAUUAAGUUUGUUUCAGCCAGCAAAUUCCAAUUGUACAAGAAAACAAAAGGAGAGCAGUAUCAAAUACGUAAGAGAGUGAAGUAAUAUUGUGUAACUCAACAAAUUGAAUUCUUGGGCCCCUGAGGAAAGAUCUUCAACAAAAUGAUUGAGCAAUUUAAUAUUUUGUUAUUAAAGUUCCCUACAUUUUGUAGUACCAGUUGAAAUCUCUGUUUUUUUCUCCAGUCAUUUUGCAGCAAACUCAAUGUGACUUCAUGGAAAGACCAAACAAUCCUUUUAUGAAGUCCUUAUGGCAAGAAUCAAUCUUCUAACAAUGUCAUUUCAGUGAAAACAGAGCUACAAGCCCUAGUAUGUUUGUUGACCCACAGAAAGAUUCUGAGUAUGAAAUGAAUUCUCAAAAUUUCAAUAUAAUGACUCAGAACAAGUUCCACAUAACAUCAUAUAUCUGAUUGGAACAAUCUUUUCACCAAUUUUAAUCUCUUUGUCUGAGAAGAAUUCUCUUAGGAUGAAGCAAGCAUUUGAAAAAAAAAGACCCUGGCUACAAUUUUCUGUGUACUUUUUUAGUAGUGUCUUAUAGAAUCAUAGAAUAAUAGAGUUGGAAGAUACCACAUGGGCUAUCUAGUCCAACCUCCUGCCAUGCAGGAAAAGCACAAAGUACCCCUCACAGACGGCCUCUCAACCUUCUCUUCUGCAGGCUAAGCAUACCCAGAAGAGAAGGUAAGAAGAGACAUGAUAACCAUGUAUAAAUAUGUGAAAGGAAGGAAGAGGGAGCAGGUUUGUUUUCCACUGGACUGGAAACCAGGACUCAGAGCAGUGGGUUCAAAUUACAGGAAAGGACAUGGAAUUUAGUUGAACUCAGUUACUAUUAGCAAGCAAUUGGUAGCACAAUGUAGAGGUUUGAGUGAUGGAUUAUGGCUCAGGAGACCAGGGUUCAAAUUCCCAUUUGGUCCAUGAAAACCAACUGGCUGACCCUGAAACUUUCAGUCCCAGAAAAAUUUAUGAUGCAGUCACCAUAGGGUCACCAUAAGUUGGAAAUGACUAGAAGGCUUAGGCUACACAUAAUUUUUGUUGUUCAAAUGUAACUCUAUGGAUUGGAAUAAUAUUGGAGGCUGUUGCUACCAGAGUGCUUUUUUAUACCAGUGCAAGGCAAUUUUAGGAGUGGUGCACAGCAGUAGAAACCAUUUCCAAUGCCACAUAACUCCCAUUACUGUGGUGUCUGUGGCUAUUUUAUCCCUGCUGCUUUGCCUCCAUCACCGCAGUCCCCAACUCCAUCAGUAAAAUUAGACUGGCCAAGAUAAUUGCAGCCUUAAUUUUACUGGUUGAAAAUUAUGCUCAGAUGUUUCGAGGCAUCACAAAAGACAAAGAGACAAUGAGGCCAUGCAUAGACUAUAACCAGAAAAAUAACUAAAACAGGCAAUGUUACACGCUACUUAAUUGUAGCACCAUGACUCCUCUCUAACUGCUGGAAUCAACAUCUUGUGCCUCAUUCUUCAACAUUGUUCCAGAGGUACUUGUGCUUUAGAGAAGUCCUUUGGAUAAAAGCAUCCUGCCAUUUCAUGAAGGCUGCAAGGAAGCACUUCUUGUUAGCUUUCAUGAAGACUGCCAUGAUACAAAAAAUUGUGCUAUGGCAUUCUGCUCAGGGACUAUCAAAAACUUAGAAGUUUUUCUGGAGCCACCAGUAAAUAAAGCAAUUCGUUCUAAAAUCUCAUCCAUUAGAAGCAAGGGGAAAGAUUCAUUGGUCACUUGAGAAGUUAAGACAGAGAUUAUAUUUUUGCAAAGGAAAGAAAGGUAUAUCCUUUAUUUUGGUUACCCUUUUCAUUUUUACUGAGAAGGAAAUUAAUAAAAACACCAGCUUGGAUAUAUAAUACAGUAUUAUCAGGAAGGGUAUUUGAAGCUUCUUGGUCAGGGAUAGAUGUUUAUUUUAAAAUGGAAGAAUUACCUCUGGCUAAAUAAGUGGGAAGUCAGUGUUGAAUUCUUCAUUAACUACAAAGAAGUCUGGCUUAUUAUGGCAUUUAUGAAAAAUUAAAAGUUCAGGUGUCAUAUUUGUCUUAUGGCAUUUGGCAGCACCAUCUCAAUAGAAUGCAUGUCAAAGGAGAAGUGCAAAUAUUCUGAUAUAGUUUGAUUUACAGCAUAAGAAUUGUAUAAACCAGUUAUUUCCUCUUAUCCUCUUAGUUUGUGAUAAUCAUUGGUUACUAGUUAAACAUACAUUAAAAAAAAGAACUAUCCAAUGUUUGAUGAGAUGGACACAGGUGUCAAAAUGGCACACCACCCUCUUUUGUGUUUAUUUUCUUUCACAAAAAAGAAGAAUGCAUUGCUGAAACUAUUUUCUAGUAGAAAAAAAGACAGAGAUAACAUUGGGACAACUUGAGGAGUCUACAUUUGAAAUGUCUAUUUUAUUAUAAUAUGCCAAUUGUCAUGUUGAAAAAAACCAUAGAGUUCUCAAAAUAAAAAACUUAAUCCAAUUUUAGCAUUUAUUUUAGUACCAAUCAAUGAGAGAACAGCACAUCAUUUCUCUUGCAGAAUCAGCAAGUGUUGUACUGACCAUCCAGAAAAAGUCUACCUAAAUAAAUAUGCCUUAAAUUGUUAAACCUGCCAAAUUAAGGGAUCAUUUGAUGUCUAUGGGGGAAUGACUAUUCGAUAUAAUGGGUACUUCCAGGGCUUGGAAAAAUUACUCUUUUAGGCAACAGUUCCCAGCAUCCUCUAGCUAAUAUGGUCACUGGUCAUGCUCACAGGAAGAUUCUGGGAGUUGUCGGUCAAAAAAGUACAAAUUGCCAUUUGCUAGAUGGCUAACAGUGCCUGUAAGGUCCAAUGGUAUGCUAGUGUUGGGCCAAUAUCCAAUGGUUCAGUGUAGCAAUGAUGUUGAAGAGAUGCCAUGGAGAGAUGGCUAAAGAAUUAGGCCACUAGGUGAAAUUCUUGAGUUGAAAAAUUAGGCUCAAGAAGACCAUAAAAAGAAGAAACACCAAGCCUUCUUUUCUGUCUGGCUUCAGUUUAUUCAUGAUGUUUGGGUGCACAAAAGCCUCAAAGAAUGGGUCUCAAUGCUAUUGCUGCUAUUGCUGCCAUCGCCCCUGCUGCUGCUGUGUGGCUGGAUCUGUCUAUCUUGCUGUAUUAUGAUGGUAUUUGUCUCUCAGUUGUGAGUCAUGCUGCUGCUGAGACAGUAAGAUUAUUCAUAAUAAAGUUAUAUUUCUGGUCUAGCA